AAUAAGGGCCAUCUUUCUGUGGUCCAGAUCUUGCUGAAGGCUGGCUGCGACCUCGAUGUCCAGGACGAUAUACUGUGCUUUAUGUCAUGGUAAAGACUGAGAAUUAGUUGAAGAAUGACCUCCAGUGCCCUGGAGUGGGAUUAUUAUGAAUUUGAACCUGUGGAAACCAGUUCUUUAGAAUAUGCAACUCCAGGGGCAAGUUCCCUCUUGCCUCCUGCCAACCCUGUCAACUCUCAUUGGAGCUCUAAGGCCAUCUCUGAUUGGUCAAUGAACAAUCACUCGGCCCCCACCUCAGAAAUAGUCCAGGACCCCGUGGCCACGGUAAAAGGCAUGAAGGAAGAGAAAAAUAAGAAAAACCAGAGAAGCAAGGCUAGGAAGAACCCUGGAAGAUCAGAGAGAGAAAAAGAGGGUGAUCAGACCGCCUUGCACCGGGCCACAGUGGUGGGGAACACCGAGGUCAUCGCGGCGCUCAUCCAGGAGGGCUGUGCUCUGGACCGACAGGACAAGGACGGGAACACGGCCCUGCACGAAGCGUCCUGGCACGGUUUCAGCCAGUCUGCCAAGCUGCUCGUUAAAGCAGGAGCCAACGUGCUUGCCAAGAACAAGGCGGGGAACACGGCUCUGCACCUGGCCUGCCAGAAUAGCCACGCCCAGAGCACGCGCGUCCUCCUGCUGGGCGGCUCCCGCGCCGACCUCAAAAAUAACGCAGGCGACACCUGUUUGCAUGUUGCUGCGCGCUAUAAUCACUUGUCCAUCAUUAAGCUCCUCCUCAGUGCUUUCUGUUCUGUCCAUGAAAAGAACCAGGCUGGAGACACAGCACUUCAUAUUGCUGCUGCCCUAAAUCACAAGAAGGUGGUUAAAAUCCUACUGGAAGCCGGAGCAGAUGGUACCAUUGUCAAUAACGCAGGCCGGACUCCACUGGAGACUGCCCGCUACCACAAUAAUCCGGAAGUUGCUCUCCUCCUCACUAAAGCGCCCCAGGUCUUGCGCUUCAGUCGUGGGCGAAGCCUGAGGAAAAAGAGAGAGAGGCUCAAGGAAGAGAGGAGAGCUCAGUCUGUGCCGAGAGAUGAUGUGGCACAAAGCAAGGGAAGUGUCUCAGCAGGAGACACCCAUAGCAGUGAACAGGCUGUACCCGGAAAAGAAGAGUCAAGAGAAGAUUUCCCGUCCGCCUCCCCGGAGCCCAGAGCAAAGGACAACAGGCAGAAAAAGUCAAGGCCCAAGGCGUCAGCGUUUUCUGACCCCACCCCACCAGCAGACCAGCAGCCUGGACAGCAGAAGAGCUCGCACACUCACAGUCACCCUAAAAAGAGGCCCAGGCAUCGCUGUUCGCCCCCAGCCGCCCCCCACGAGUUCAGAGCGUACCAGCUCUACACGCUGUACCGGGGCAAGGACGGCAAAGUGAUGCAGGCACCAAUAAAUGGCUGUCGAUGUGAACCCCUGAUCAACAAGCUGGAGAAUCAGUUGGAGGCAACUGUGGAGGAGAUCAAAGCAGAGCUGGUGUCGGUUCAGGAUAAGAUGAACACGAAGCUGGGGCACAUGGAGAAUAAGACCCAGCACCAAAUGCGGGUUCUGGACAAGCUGAUGGUUGAGCGACUCUCAGCAGAGAGGACGGAGUGCCUGAACCGCCUGCAGGAGCACUCGGACUCAGAGAAGCAUGAGGGAGAGAAACGGCAGAUGUCCUUGGUGGAUGAAUUAAAAACUUGGUGCAUGUUAAAGAUUCAGAAUCUGGAGCUGAAGCUUUCUGGAGAUUCUAGGGCCUCCAGGACUAAAUCCACACCAUCCACUUGCGAGUCCUCCACAGGUGUGGAUCAGUCAGUGGUGACCGCAGGUCCAGUAGCAGCCUCUGACAGCCCCCCUCAGGUGGUCAGGCCCAAGGAGAAGGCCCUCAGCUCCACAGCCGCCCACAGACUCCAGCAGGAGCUGUCUUCCUUGGACUGUACAGGCUCCCGACUGAGGAAUGUCAAGGUCCAGACAGCCUCGUUACCCUUGAAAGAGGCAGCCAAAUGCGACCCGCAGGCUGGGCCCUGUGUUGACAGAGGCACCCAAACCAAGAAGUCUGGGAAAAGUGGGCAGACAAGGCACCGCGGCCAGCAGCCAGCACCCAGCACCGCCUGCGGGCAGCCGCCACCAGCAGCAGGUGGCGAGCAGACUGCCCCUCACAUUCGAGACACCUCCCAAGCGCUGGAGCUCACCCAGUAUUUCUUUGAGGCUGUUUCCACCCAGAUGGAAAAGUGGUAUGAAAGGAAGAUUGAAGAAGCACGAAGCCAAGCCAGUCAGAAAGCCCAGCAAGACAAGGCCACGCUGGAGGAACACAUUAAAAGUUUAGAGGAGGAACUUGCUAAACUAAGGACUAAGUUCUAGAUUCCCAGUGGUGAUCUUUUUGGAAAGUCCUCGAGUAUCAGAUGCAACACAUCUGAAGAACAUACCUCAACAACCCUGAGGGUUAAUGCAGAAGGACUUUCCAAGGAAGCUCCAUGGUGUCUCCUGAGGUCAGUACACCUCCAGCCCUAUACCUCACACUGUUUUAAAACAGCUUAAUUGACUUACACAAUAUUAUAUAUCAAUUAUAUUUCAAAAAAAUUGGGGAAAAAUGGCUUUAUUCAGAUAUAAUUCACAUAUCAUACCUGUAAAAUGUACAGUUCAGUAGAUUUUAGUAUAUUCAGAGUUGUGCAUUCAUAUAAAUAGAAUCAUACAAUACAUGAUCUUUUGUGACUGGCCACUUAAUGUUUUCAAGGUUCAUCCAGGUGUAGCAUGUAUCAGUACUUCAUCCCUUUUUGUUUGCUAAAUAAUAUUUUAUUGUAUGGGUAUACCACGUUUUACUUAUCCAUUAAUCAGCUGAUGGGCAUUUGGAUUGUCUACUUUUUGGCUAUUAUGAAUAAUGCUGUUUAACCUUUUGGGCAACUGACAGUCUUUUUUCCACAGUGGCUGCACAAUUUUAUAGUCCCACCAGCAGUGUUUAAGAGUUCCAGUUUCUCCACAUCCUCACCAACAUUUGCAAUUAUCUCCCUUUUUAAUUACAGCCAUUCUAGUGGAUGUAAAUAGUAUCUCUUGGUGGUUUUGAUUUGCAUUUUCCUAAUGAUUAAUGGUGUUGAACAUCUUUUUAUGUGCUAUCUAUUGUACUGAUUUUUGCUUCUUCCAAAAACUGCUGACAUAUCCAAGAACAU